UCAUUUCACUUCAGUUUUGUGCAUUUUGUUUAUGAAGUUGCGCGCUUUUAUACAUUUGUUUGAUUUUUUGUUUGAUUUAAUAAUUUAAUAAGGAUGCCGGUUCAAUCAAAAUCAAAUUCAAAAAAAGAGAAGGGACGUGCAAAGAAUAUUAAGACCGACGAUGGCUUAGUUAGUGAGCCCAAAAAUUUAGAAUCCAGUGAGGUAAAAAAAAGUAAAACAGUACAAAAGAAAGAAGAUGGAAAAACUGCAAAGCGUAAAGUAAAAACCGAUGAUUCUGUUUCGGAUGUAAUAAAAAGUGAGAACAUAGUUCAAGACAUUGAAGCAGCCGAACCGUCACGGUCGCGAAAAACCACAGCAGGUGCUGAUACCAGUAAUGGCAUUAAAAGCCGUAAACAAAAAAAGGAGAGUAAAACUGUUUCGGAUGAAAUAAAAAGUGAGAGUAUAGUUCAAGACGUUGAAGAAGUUGGACCGUCACGGUCGCGAAAAACCACAGCAGGUGCUGAUACCAGUAAUGGUAUUAAAAGUCGCAAACAAAAAAAAGAGAGUAAAACUGUUUCGGAUGUAAUAAAAAAUGAGAACAUAGUUCAAGACGUUGAAGCAGCUGGACCGUCAAGGUCUCGAAAACCCACUGCCGGUGCUGAUACCGGUAAUGGUAUUAAAAGUCGCAAACAAAAAAAGGAUAGUAAAACUGUUUCAGAUGUAAUAAAAACUGAGACCAUAGUUGAAGACGUUGAAGCAGUUGGACCGUCACGGUCGCGAAAAACCAAAGCAGGUGCUGAUACCACUAAUGGCAUUAAAAGCCGUAAACAAAAAAAAGAGAGUAAAACUGUUUCGGAUGUAAUAAAAAGUGAGAACAUAGUUCAAGACGUUGAAGCAACUGAACCGUCACGGUCUCGAAAACCCACUGCCGGUGCUGAUACCGAUAAUGGCAUUAAAAGUCGCAAACAAAAAAAAGAGAGUAAAACUGUUUCGGAUGUAAUAAAAAGUGAGAGCAUAGCUCAAGAUGUUGAACCGGCUGGACCGUCACGGCCUCGAAAACGGAAAAUUGAAGAUGAAAAUCAAGAUCAACUUGUUGAUUCUAAAGUUGCUAAGGUAAAAAAGACUGGUGUAACUAACGCAACUGUUACAAUAUACAAUGAAGAGGAUUUCGGUUUAUCAAAUAAAACCUUAGUCGAAGGUGAUACUUUACCAUAUAAUCUUAAAAUAUCCAGUUGGAACGUGGCAGGCUUAAGAUCGUGGUUGAAUAAAGACGGAUUGACAUUUUUAAAAUAUGAAAAUCCAGAUAUAUUUUGUAUACAGGAAACGAAAUGCACUAUAGAUCAGUUGCCGGAGGAAGCAAAACGUAUACCAGGAUACCAUCCUUAUUGGUUAUGUAUGGCCGGUGGUUAUGCUGGAGUUGCAGUAUACUCCAAAAUAAUGCCAAUAAAUGUAGAGUUUGGCAUCAAGCAACCUGAGUUUGAUGACGUCGGCAGGGCUAUUACAGCUGAAUACGAAAAGUUCUUUUUGAUUAAUGUAUACGUUCCAAAUUCAGGUCGCAAACUUGUCAAUUUAGACACACGCAUGAUAUGGGAAGAGAAGUUUAAGGAGUAUAUACAAUCACUUGACAAGUUGAAGCCCGUCAUAAUAUGUGGCGACAUGAACGUGGCACAUAAUGCAAUCGAUUUGAAAAAUCCAAAAACGAAUACUAAAACUGCUGGCUUUACUAAAGAGGAGCGUGAAAAAAUGACAGAACUACUCGCUUCUGGUUUUGUGGAUACUUUCCGUCAUUUUUAUCCAGAUAAGGAAGAUGCGUUUACUUUCUGGUCAUAUAUGCGAAAUGCCCGUGCCAAAAAUGUAGGCUGGCGUUUGGAUUAUUUUUUGGUGUCAGAACGAAUUAUCCAAAAAAUCGUCGACAAUUGCAUUAGGCAGCAAUGUCUUGGUAGUGACCAUUGUCCUAUAACUCUUUAUUGCAAAUUUUAAACUUAAUAUGAAUCGUUAACAUUAAAAAGAAAGAAAAAGAUGUUAACUAAA